AUGUCGCUCGAACUCCUCAAGUCCCUUCCCCAGCCGACCCUCGAUCGUCCCUUUGGUGUCGAGCUAUGGCCCAUCUUCGACAAGGCCUACACGGCCGUUGCCGGAUACCACCCUACUGAUUUCCACUUCUCUCAGGGUCAGACGCCCAUGUCGACGCUCAAAGAGACGGCCAUCGGCCUAGUAUCGUACUACAUCAUCAUCUUUGGUGGACGGGAGCUGAUGCGGAAUCGCCCGGCCAUGAAGUUGAAUGGGCUGUUUAUGAUUCACAACCUGUAUCUGACCCUUGCGAGUGGCUGCUUGUUAGCUCUCUUCAUCGAGCAGCUAUUGCCUACCCUCUGGAGACAUGGGGUCUUCUACGCGAUUUGUGACCACCGAGGAGGCUGGACCAAGCCGUUGGUCGUCCUUUACUAUUUGAAUUAUAUCACCAAGUACAUCGAACUCCUUGACACCGUCUUCCUCGUCUUGAAGAAGAAGCCGCUUACCUUCCUCCACACCUAUCACCAUGGCGCGACCGCUUUGCUUUGUUACACUCAGCUGAUUGGAUUGACUGCUGUUUCCUGGGUGCCAAUCACCCUCAAUCUCCUGGUACACGUCGUGAUGUACUGGUACUAUUUCCAGAGCGCUCGUGGUGUGCGUGUUUGGUGGAAGCAAUGGAUCACUCGCCUCCAGAUCGCCCAGUUUGUGAUUGAUCUUGGCUUCGUCUACUUCGCCUCAUACACGUACUUUGCAUCCACCUAUUUCCCGCAUUUCCCCAACGCUGGCAAAUGCGCAGGAGAAGAAUUCGCUGCCUUCUCCGGCCUCAUCAUCUUGAGCUCGUACCUUGUCCUAUUCAUCUCCUUCUAUCUUGCAACGUACAAGAAGACUGGGAAGGGUGGACGCCCAAGACGCAACACUGGCAAGCAAGCCGCGAUCGCGAUGAAGAACCUCGAAGUGCCUGGCAUGCAACACAAAGAAAACGGAGUUACGAACGGAAAUAUGAACGGUAAUGCUAAUGGAAGCAUUCAGACGAACGGAAAUGCCACCUCGUCUGCGCGCGCCAGUGGUCCAGUUACCCGCUCGCGAAAAGCGUAG